AUGACAGAUCGAGAGCAAGCUGGAAAAGAGGAACAAGCCCAGGUACUCUAUAAAAAGACCACAUUUGAGAAAGUAUCCACAUCCACACAGAAUGCGAUAAUAGAUAAUAUUCUGGAAGAGAUGUUCCCUGCGAAUCAAACUGCAUAUCAAAAGAUAAGUGCAUUAGCGAAAAAAAAACAGAUAAGGGAGCGUAUUUGUGUUGUUCACCUACGACACAAACGCACAGAGCGUGAGAUAAUUUUCAUAUCUUACCACAACAUCCUUAAGGGUGAAGGAGGGACCUAGGAAUUUGCAAAACGAGGGCCUCCAGUGUUUGCCAGAUCAUUGCAAAAAUACACGAGUCUAGCAAAUGUUGUGUCAUAGCUGGGGCGGACUUGAACUGCAAAAAUUUCGAUCGCACCAAUGUCACAGUUCCAGUUUAUAAAGCAACUCCGGGAAGGGAAAAGAUUUCAAAAGUCGACUUCUUUAUCUUGCCGAAGAAGUCUACAGAGAAAUGGACUGUGGAAGCAUUCGAUAUUUUUCCACAAGAACGAAGGGCGCCAUUCUACAUAGAACUCAGAAGCCUUUUGAAUUAUCAUGUUGAGGGAGAGUAUAAAAAGGCGUUUGAUCAUGACCCCUUAACGCUUUCUUUGAAGAUAGAUUGA